AUGACUCCAUUAACUCAUUGGGUUCCAGAUGAAUUACAUUUAACACUUCAUAUUACUGUCCAAUUUUGGAGUCUAGUGUUGUCUGAAACAAUCCAGAUUCAAGGAGUUGGAAUUAUACCAGUCUUAUGGGAUGACUUUGAUGAUAUUUAUACAGCCUUACAAGAUCUUACAACAAAUCCAAUUGCUUUCAAAA